UAAUUAAAUUGCUUGAAGAACAAUUUAUUUUAAGUGUUUAUUAAUUCAAAUGUCCAAUCCUUUCUCUAGAGUCAUUUAGAUCAUUGCUUACAUGAUCAUUUCAAUGCUGAAAUUGUUACAAAAACAAUAGAAAACAAGCAAGAUGCAGUUGACUAUUUAACUUGGACUUUUCUUUAUCGUCGAAUGACACAGAAUCCAAAUUAUUAUAAUUUACAAGGUGUUACUCAUCGUCAUCUUUCUGACCAUCUAUCAGAACUUGUAGAGAACACACUGAAUGAUCUAGAACAAUCAAAGUGCAUCAGCAUUGAAGAUGAGAUGGAUGUCUCUCCUCUUAAUCUUGGAAUGAUUGCUGCCUACUAUUAUAUCAAUUAUACAACUAUUGAAUUGUUCAGUAUGUCUCUGAGUGCUAAAACAAAGAUUCGUGGUCUCAUUGAUAUCAUAAGUAAUGCUGCUGAAUAUGAAAGUGUACCAGUUAGACAUCAUGAAGACAGCAUUCUCAGACAGUUGGCUAAUCGUCUAUCUCACAAAUCAAGCAAUCCGAAAUAUAGUGAUCCACAUACAAAAACCAAUUUUCUUCUACAAGCUCAUUUAUCUCGAAUGCAGCUCUCUGCUGAAUUACAGUCAGACACUGAAGAUAUAUUAAAUAAAGCGGUACGUUUAAUUCAAGCUUGUGUGGAUGUAUUGAGUUCAAAUGGUUGGUUGUCACCAGCAUUAGCUGCUAUGGAAUUAGCACAGAUGGUAACUCAAGCAAUGUGGAAUAAGGACUCUUACUUGAAACAACUUCCUCAUUUCACUACAGAAAUAGUUAAGCGUUGUAUUGAAAAAGGAGUAGAAACUGUGUUUGAUGUUAUGGAACUUGAAGAUGAUGAUAGAAAUAAAUUACUUCAGUUGACAGAUGCACAAAUGGCAGAUGUUGCAAGAUUUUGUAAUAGAUAUCCAAAUAUUGAAUUAACAUAUGAAGUACAAGAUAAAGAUAUUAUUCACAGUGGUUCCACCGUAAAUGUAAUAGUUCAGUUAGAAAGAGAAGACGAAGUUACGGGACCUGUCAUCGCUCCCUUAUUUCCUCAGAAACGAGAAGAAGGAUGGUGGGUAGUUAUUGGAGAUCCCAAAUCAAAUUCUCUGAUAUCUAUCAAACGACUGACAUUACAACAAAAAGCAAAAGUAAAAUUAGACUUUGUGGCACCCAGUCCGGGUGAGCAUGUUUACACCUUAUAUUUUAUGAGCGAUGCUUACAUGGGAUGUGAUCAGGAAUAUAAAUUCAACAUUCAUGUUGGUCAACCUGAUAGUGGGAAAGAGAGUGAUAGUGAAAGUGAUUAAACAGAUCUUCUUUCGUUCACACAUUUGUAAUGUAAAUAGAGACAUUUAUUGUGUUGAUAUCAUCAAUUUUUUUUAUGUAAAUGGAUACUCAUUUGAUUUUUAAAAUAAAUGUUUUUAAAACAAAA